CACCACACUACAUUCCAUACGGUGAGGAUGGUUCUGGUUUCUACUCUGACAACGCCUUGGCGUAUUAUAACAUAAUGGAAAACGCCAAACCAAUGGUCAUGGCUGCCAUCAAUUCCAUGGAGAUCGAUCCGACACAAGUCUUCAACAUCGUGGACUAUGGGUCAGCUGAUGGGGGGACAUCGAUGCCACUCUUCUACCAGGUCAUCAAGAAGUUACGUCAAAGGUACGACGACUCUCCUCCGAUCCACGUGACAUAUGAGGACCUACCAGUGGCAGACUUCAAGUCGCUGUUCAUGAGGUUGCAUGGUCUGCUACCAAUGUCGGACAACCAUAGCUACCUGAAGGACUUUCCCAACGUUUAUGUCGGUGCAUGUGGUACUUCAUUCUUUGACCAAUGUUUCACCGAUAGGUUCGUCAACUUUGGGUUCUCUUCCACCGCGAUGCACUGGUUAAGCCGGGGGCCCUGUCCUCUUCCCGACGCUGUGUUCCACAUGGUGAGCAGCUGUGGAGAGGCGAAGGAACAGUUCUCCAAACUGGCAGCUCAGGACUGGGAGACUAUCCUGCUGAAGAGAGCAAGAGAGCUGGCACCAGGCGGCCGUAUGGUAAUAGUAAACUGCACUACUGACGAAAGUGGCUACUAUGGAGGCGGCAGAUGGACGUCUGGAAAGGUCAACAUAUGCCAAAAUAUGUCGUCUUUAUGGCAUAAUUUCGCACAGCGUGGACAAAUAACAAAGGAAGAGUUCGUCAACACCAACAUAUUUGCAUACUGGCGAUCGCAAGAUGAGAUGCAGGCCCCCUUCGUCAACGAAAACUCACGAGUUCGGAAGGCUGGAUUGACAUUGGUGUCUCUGGAGACAAAGCUCACUCCAUGUGCCUUCCAAGCUCGCUGGCGGAAGGAGGGAGGGGACGCGCGCCAACACGCCAAACAGUUUGUGAACAUGUGUCGUAGCUGGAGUUACCACGCCUUCCACACAGGACUUUCAAACAAACGUACUGAGGAAGAAAAAGCGGCGAUUCUGGAGUCUUUCUUUAAGGAAUACGAGGACGAAGUUGCAGCAGCUCCAGAGAAACACGACAUGGAGGUCAUGAGUUGUUUCUUACACAUCAAAAGAGGCUAAUGAUAAAAGAUAUGAAUCAUUAUCAACACGGCAUAAAGCAAAAACAAAACCUUCGCAUCAUAGUAUUUUAACCCUCAUUAUAAUCUAUAUAACAUGGUGCAUUCAACCUUGUUUAGGACUAUGCAUAUGGGAAGCUUUAAUUUCUGUUAAACUUUUGACUUCUUACUUGCAUGCAAUAACAACUUGUCCUCAUAUCGUUAUAAAUAUUCAUCAAAGCUCUGAUUAUGUAUUCCCUUAGGGUGUAUGUGAUGGCUGUUGAUUUUGAGGUAGGUAUUGGAGUUGGGAGGUCAUCAAAGACUCCUUCUUAUAUCUUGUAUUUUAGGUACAAGUAUAUAAUACAUAGACAACCAUAGCCUGUCACAUUUUCCUUGUUUUGUAAUACAAUACUACGACCAGUUGAAAUAAAAUAGUCAACUGUGAAAACGCAUAAUUCUAAAAACCAACGAUCGGGUUAAAGCACUGACACAUACGCACAUGUUAUGCAAGACAAUAUCUUGAGCUUGAGUGGUGUAAAGUAUGAAGAAUAAUCAUUACAAUUUGUCGUCGUUGCGCAUUGAAACUGUACAAAUAAGGUCUGAUAAAAUUGGCUGAACAUCAUCGACAAGGUUAAAGUGGGUACCCAACUAGUAACGGCCUGACUUUACUGUGUGGAUGUAGCCGUGAGUCACACACUUAUGCGUAAUCACUUCCAGGCUCUCGACUAUUGGACGGACACGAGCCAAAUCAAUCCUCUAAGUAUCCUAUUACACCCUCGGAAAUCCGUACUACAAUUCUACAUUAAUCAUAUAUAUAUAUAUAUAUAUAACUACGGAUGCAAGAAAAAACAAACACACCGACUGACUACAUUAUCUCGGUUUUCAUGGAGGUAAUAAAUUGCUUAUAGAGUUAUUGUUUUGUCACCUCAGACCAUAUCAAAACCUCACCGUAUUGUGUUUUACGCCAAUUCUUCUCUUCGCAUACAUCACAGGGCUUUGGAACGACUACCAGAUGCACAAAGUAUCUGUUGGUCUUGUCGCCCGCCGUGAAUUUCAGACCUGAUAUGUUCACACCUUGGAUGGUUAUGUCGGCGUCGUACCAGAUAACCUGGCGCGGUUCCUCAAACACGAGCGUCAUCACCCGCUGGAGGAGCCGCUGGUCGUCCGGGGGCAGCCACGGGUUCUCGUGGAUAACCUCCGCUAUCUUCCCGAUGUUUAUACACAACUUGCAAUGAACAACCUGGCACUGAAAUUAGGACAUUAAAGUACAUUUAGAAU